UUGGCCAGGUGGCACGGACCAAACAAACACAGGGACGACAACAACAUCGUUCUGCUGCGCUGCAAGAAAUGAUUCAACAAAAGUUCAAGCAGGAGAUGUUUUCCAGACCUGGGGCUCCCCAGCGAGAAGAAAUGUCGACCAUCCAAGUUAAAAAUACUAUGUUGCAUCUGAGUGGUCAAAACCUCAGACUGGCGGCUAAAAAUGUCCGCAAUUCAAAAACACCUGGCCUUCAUCUGUCAGCAACACAUGGGAAGGAGGCGGCGGGUCGGCUUACGGCCUGCUCGCCGACCCAGGAGGGCACGGCACAGUUGGACUUGCUGCUCAAGUCACCCAGGCAUGACCCAGAGAGGGAGGCCGAGAAACAACCAGUCAGACGCCCUCUGAAGCUCGCCCCACUCGAGCUGCCAGAGGAAGUGAGAGAGGCUCACAGGCAAAAACUUGAGUUUAUCCAGCAAGAAGCCGAACCCGCUUCCUGUAAGCUGGAUGUGACAGUGAAUGAGCCCCGAACAAGGAAGGUGAAAUCCUGUGUGAGACAGAGACUGGGAAAAGCUGCAGUGUGCCCUUCUGCUUCCACUGAGCCGCUCAAAGCCCAGCACCAAAACAGAUCCUCAAGGCCUCAGCUGACACGCUGUAACCUCAUAGAGCAGAAUGGAGACAGGCAUCUGGAGGAUGUGGUGUGUCGAGGUACCCCAGCUCCUCUGCGCAGCAAGCCUGCCCCUCCCCUACUUUCUCCCAGAGUUAAAGCUCGGGCCGCACCUGGCGCAGAGGCGGCACGUCAAACCCCUGGCACCCUGCAGCAGGAGACAGGGAGGAGGCGACUGAGGCUGAGGAGAGCACAAUGCCUAGAAGAGGAUCAGUGCAAUUCAAACACGUCAACAGGGGGAUUAUCUGCAGAUAAAGGCAAGCUGGCCCAAGGUGUCCAAAGCAAAGGGCAUCGGGCAGAGAGGGCUCAGAGAGUCCAGCCGCAUACUGGAAAAGGCCUCAAGGAGCCUCCUGCAGUCUCCUGGGAGUAUGGGAGUGUCAGGAAGAGCCAUCAAGAGGAUUGCAGUCAGCAAUCUGCGAGAUGCACUCUGAACCGGCAGUCGGCUGAAGGUGGGAGCAGUGAACAUGCACUUGAGGGUGUUAAGCCAAGUGCUUCUAACUGGAGAUUAAAGAGGAAGAAACCCUUGAUCACAAGGCAUAACAAUGCAGUCCCUCUGGAACGUCUCCAACUGUAAUUAAAUUGGAUCUUUCACUUUUGCAACUCAGGACUUUGCAAAAUGAUGUAAUGCUUAGAGAUGCACUUGUGUCCUGAAGAGACCCGGCAGAAACAGGCUGAUAUCCCAGUUUGAAAGCUGAUUCAUAGUCUGCUAAACAGUGAAAAGAAGGAUACAUGAACCAAAUGGCAUUUCCUCACUAGUUGAAAAAACACAUGUAGGAAUCAAAAAGUUAUUUCUAAAGUUGUGCCAUCAUAAACUGCUUUACAGCAUUAGUCCUUUUUAAGAGCUACAGUCUGCUUUUGUUCUAAAAUGAUACCACGAGCAAAUAAAGUUAAUUUUAGAAACAUA